GCUACUAAGUAGCAAAGUAUAUACUCUUUCCAGUUAAUUAGGACUCUUUUUGAACUCAUUCACAAUUAUAGCAAUGACUCCUUUUUGUUUUUGUUUUUGAUCCUUCCCUGCCUUGUUCUUUUUUUUUUUUGAGGCUGCAAAGGAUGUGCACAGUCUUUACAUCUUAAUUUUGGACCUUUUGUAUCUUUUUUUUUGUAAUUUGAUCAACUUUGGAGAUAGGUUAUUGAACUUUGGUUAAUGACCAAUGGCUGCUUUAUCUGAAACUGCAACUGUUGGGGGUUCUUCUGUGGAGGGGGAAGAUGAGGAAUGCCCAAUUAAACAAGUGGCUUUGACAGUGCCUAAGACUGAUGAUCCAACCAUCCCUGUGCUCACUUUCAGAAUGUGGGUUCUGGGUUUGUGUUCUUGUGUUUUGCUGUCGUUCGUGAACCAGUUCUUUUGGUAUAGAAAAAUGCCACUGUCCAUCUCCUCCAUUUCUGCUCAGAUUGCUGUGGUACCUAUUGGCCAUUUGAUGGCCAGGACUUUGCCAACAAGACCCUUUUUCAAGGGUACAAAAUGGGAGUUCACCAUGAAUCCUGGACCUUUUAAUAUUAAGGAACAUGUUUUGAUUACUAUAUUUGCCAAUUCUGGUUCUGGAAGUGUUUAUGCUGUACAUAUUUUGACUGCUGUUAAGCUCUUCUAUAAGAGGAAAUUAUCCUUCUUUCCUGCCUUCCUUCUUAUGCUUACUACUCAGGUAUUAGGAUUUGGAUGGGCUGGAAUUUUCAGGAAACACCUGGUUGAGCCAGGGGAGAUGUGGUGGCCCUCUAAUUUGGUUCAGGUUUCUUUGUUCAGAGCUCUACAUGAGAAAGAAAAGAGACCAAAAGGUUACACGACUCGCACCCAGUUCUUCAUCCUAGUCUUGGUCUGUAGUUUUGCUUACUAUAUCAUUCCAGGCUAUCUCCUCGUAAUGAUAACAUCUAUAUCUUGGGUCUGUUGGCUUGCUCCUAAAUCUGUCCUGGUCCAACAAAUUGGUUCUGGAUUAAAUGGUCUUGGUGUUGGUUCUUUUGGGAUUGAUUGGGCUACAAUUUCUGCGUACCUUGGUAGUCCAUUAGCCAGCCCAUGGUUUGCCACUGCCAAUAUUGCUGUUGGAUUCUUUUUUGUGAUGUAUGUUAUGACACCCCUCUGUUACUGGAAAGAUGUUUACAAUGCCAAGACUUUCCCAAUAUACUCUUCUAAUCUUUUCACCACUAAUGGUUCGAACUAUGACAUUUUGAGCAUCAUUAAUUCCAAUUUCCAUCUCGACCGGGAUAUGUAUGCUAAGGCAGGACCUAUACAUAUGAGCACCUUCUUUACCAUGACUUAUGGUCUUGGAUUUGCUGCACUUUCUUCUACAGUGGUCCAUGUUCUUCUUUUUAAUGGAAGUGACAUAUGGAGGGAAAGCGUAAAGGCCUUUGGGGGGGAAAAGAAAAUGGAUAUACACACAAGGCUUAUGAAGAAGUACAGAUCAGUGCCCACUUGGUGGUUUCUUAUCGUCCUUGUGUCGAACAUUGCUCUUAUCCUCUUUGCUUGUCAGUACUACAAUGAAUCACUCCAAUUGCCUUGGUGGGGUGUAUUGCUUGCUUGUGCCAUUGCUAUUGGGUUCACUCUUCCAAUCGGUGUCAUCAGUGCCACAACAAAUCAGUCACCAGGUUUGAACAUCAUCACAGAAUAUGUUAUUGGAUACCUGUAUCCGGGACGCCCUGUUGCCAAUAUGUGCUUCAAAGUAUAUGGCUAUAUCAGCAUGGUUCAAGCUCUUACUUUUAUACAAGAUUUUAAGCUGGGACACUACAUGAAGAUUCCGCCGAGAUCAAUGUUUAUGGCACAGGUUGUAGGAACAGUCGUGGCAGUAAUUGUAUACCUGCUAACUGCAUGGUGGCUGAUGGAAGAAAUAACCAAUCUCUGUGAUGUCUCCAUGCUGCCACCUGACAGUCCUUGGACCUGUCCAAUGGACCGCGUGUUCUUUGAUGCAUCUGUCAUCUGGGGACUCGUCGGGCCACGUAGAAUCUUUGGAAACCUUGGCGAAUAUGCGCUGGUGAAUUGGUUCUUCCUUGGUGGAGCUGUUGCUCCUUUCCUUGCUUGGCUUGCACACAAGGCUUUUCCAAAACAAAAUUGGAUUCGUCUCAUCAACAUGCCAGUCCUUUUGGGUUCCACAUCCAUGAUGCCACCAGCUAGUGCUGUCAACUACACUAGUUGGCUCAUUGUAGGAUUUAUUUCGGGGUUCAUUUUCUUCCGUUAUAAACCGGGCUUGUGGAAGCGCUAUAACUAUAUUCUUUCUGGUGGACUUGAUGCUGGAACUGCUUUUAUGUCAGUAUUGAUAUUCCUUUCUGUGGGAUCUAAGAACAUUGCUAUUAACUGGUGGGGAAACAAUCCAGAGGGCUGUCCUUUGGUUUCUUGUCCAACUGCUAAAGGAAUCGUUGUGGAUGGCUGCCCUGUCUUCUGAUUGAAGAUUUUAAUAAAUCUAUGGCUCUAUAAUUUUUCGAUCUUUGCUUCUUCUGUAAAUAGUUUCUUAGGAUUUUUAUGUGGCCAUCAUUAAGAAGAAUUGAUAAAGGCAUUUAGUUAUAGGGUUUGUUUUUUAAAUCUUUUGGACAGUAGGCAGGUUAAGGGAACAUUGUUCUCUCUUUUGAAAUGAUUUAUUGUUCUUUUUUCAAUCUCAUUAAGUAAUUCAGAAGUUGCAUUAAAAAAAAUAAAUAAAUAAAUAUCAACAA